CUGCUGUUGACUAGACAUAAUGGCAGUACCUUUGUAUGUGUGUAUCCUGGGUUUUGGUGGCUUUUUUGGGGGGGGGGCAGUUAACUGAUUGGAGAGCCUCAUAGACUUUCCUCCCCAGGCUGGUUUCAAACUGCGAUUCCUAGAUCUUCAGUCUAUCUGUAGGAUGUCAUCCCAUCUCACAGAUGAGUCUCAGCUGAGGUAAAGUGGCCCAAAUCACCUACUAGAUUUCAGUUUAGAGUUCAGGUCUGGUUGUAUCCAGGCUGUAUAUCCAGCGAUGAUCCAAGACUUCUGAUGUUCUGACCCCAUGUUGCUUCCAAUAGUGUUCAAUUCUGAAGGUUACAAGAAGCCCUGAAGUCUCCAUAGGUAGGAGGUUGGGCUGAAUUCCCGCAACUGGAAUGCAUCCUUCCCUCCGGAACUAAAGGGCGAGAGCAUUGUUUCCGGGCGGAGGGGGAAGGAGGCAGUCAAAGGACCGGAAGUUCGUGUUUUAUGGUGCCUGCACUGGCUGUCCAGACCCGGUUGAGGCUGCAGCGGACUGCCCUUUCCCAAGAUGGCUUCGAAGAUAGGUUCGAGACGCUGGAUGCUGCAGUUGAUCAUGCAGUUGGGCUCGGUGCUGCUCACACGCUGCCCCUUUUGGGGUUGCUUCAGCCAGCUCAUGCUCUACGCUGAAAGGGCCGAGGCGCGUCGGAAGCCGGACAUCCCGGUGCCGUACUUGUACUUCGACAUGGGAGCAGCCGUGCUGUGUGCCAGCUUCAUGUCCUUCGGAGUGAAGCGGCGGUGGUUCGCUCUGGGGGCUGCACUCCAGCUGGCCAUUAGCACCUAUGCGGCCUACAUCGGGGGCUACGUCCACUAUGGGGACUGGCUGAAGGUCCGAAUGUACUCACGUACAGUUGCCAUCAUCGGCGGCUUCCUGGUGCUGGCUAGUGGGGCUGGGGAACUGUACCGAAGGAAACCUCGUAGCCGCUCACUACAGUCUACCGGCCAGGUGUUCCUGGGUAUCUACCUCAUCUGUGUGGCCUACUCGCUGCAGCACAGCAAGGAGGAUCGUCUGGCAUACCUGAACCACCUUCCAGGAGGGGAGCUGAUGAUCCAGCUGUUCUUUGUGCUGUAUGGUGUUCUGGCCCUGGCCUUCCUAUCAGGCUACUAUGUGACCCUGGCUGCUCAGAUCCUGGCUGUACUGCUGCCCCCCAUCAUGCUCCUCAUCGAUGGCAAUGUGGCCUACUGGCACAACUCACGGCGUGUUGAGUUCUGGAACCAGAUGAAGCUCCUCGGUGAGAGCGUGGGCAUCUUUGGGGCCGCUGUCAUUUUGGCUACUGAUGGCUGAGCUUCACAGUGAGCGCCUGAGAUAGGCACAGGAAGCCAUUGAGGACCAACCCUGCCUUCCACCUUGCUGACCCACUGCUGUUUAUUCAUGGUUCUUAGUGUUUCAUACUUUUCUUUUUAUAGUUAAGAGGCAAGUCUCUUUUCCUAAUUUGUGGCUGGGCCCAUGGGAGGGUAGGAGCCCUGAUGCUAACACUUCAGGUUGUUGCUGCUGCUGCUGCUUCUUUUUUUUUUUUCUGUUUGUUCAGAGGAGUUGCUCUCAGAGUAUCUUGGGGAGAAGAGUCCCUGAGAAGGAAAUAAGGCAGGGUUGGGAUGCAAGUACUGGGAGUGGGAGACAGAAAGCUCUGCAAGUGAACAAAUGUGGAAAGUCCCCUUUGGACGUGGCAGAUGCAGUUAAGCUCUGUGGUGCUUUUCAGAGACAGCAUGGGGGUGGGAGAGUGGUGUGGACACAUGGACAUGGACCAGGUCCCCCUCCUGAGGAGCAGUGGAGCCUGGUACUCUAGAAGCUACUUGGAUUCUCAGGGUAUGCCAGAGCAAACUUGUAGCGGUUGUCACUCACCUUGAAUGCAGAGCAGGCUCUAGUCUGCUCGGGCACAGGCAGGGUGGAGCAGGUAGUGGCCAGUGGCCCACCUGCUGCCAUUGUCUCUGCAACUUUAUGGUUGGCCUGGUGGAGUCGAGUGCCUACCCGAACACCAGACACACAGUCCUCCAAAAUAAACUUUUUUCUA